ACUGAAUCAUUUCCUCUACCUCUACCUCAGCUUGGUUUAUCAAACGUUAUUCCCCGUCGCCUCGUUGAAACUGGCUGGCCCUCUCCUCCCCCUCUCUCCCCGGCUCCUUCUCAAGCUUGGAACCCCGGUCGGCUUAGCUCUGACAAUCCGAGCGGCGAGCGCGGCUCAGCGGUCACAACCUGCAGCACAGUCUGACCAUCUCCCUAAACACACGGCAUCCACUACCAGAAACCCGUACAUAAAAAGCGCAAGACCACGGACUCCUGGGGAAGUUCGGUGUUCCGCAUUCCCACUGCGAGUUUCGAAGAACCCAGCUGUAAGCGAGACCUGCUCAGACCGAGCUCCUGUACGCGCCAUGCCCGGCCCGGCGGCCGGUAGCAAAUCCCGGGUUUACGCCGACGUGAACACUUUGAAGAGCCGGGAGUACUGGGACUAUGAAGCCCACGUGCCCAGCUGGAGUAACCAAGAGGACUACCAGCUGGUGCGUAAGCUGGGGCGUGGAAAGUACAGUGAGGUCUUUGAGGCCAUCAACAUCAACAACAAUGAGAAGGUGGUGGUCAAAAUCCUCAAGCCUGUCAAGAAGAAAAAGAUCAAGCGUGAGAUCAAGAUUUUGGAGAACCUGCGCGGCGGAACCAACAUCAUCCGCCUGGUGGACACCGUAAAGGAUCCGGUGUCCCGGACACCGGCACUUGUCUUUGAAUGCAUCAAUAACACAGAUUUUAAGGAGCUGUAUCAGAAGUUAACAGAUUUUGAUAUUCGUUUCUACAUGUAUGAGUUACUAAAGGCUCUGGACUACUGUCACAGCAUGGGCAUCAUGCACAGGGACGUGAAGCCGCACAACGUGAUGAUCGACCACCAGCUGAGGAAGCUGCGUCUGAUAGACUGGGGCCUGGCGGAGUUCUACCACCCUGCUCAGGAGUACAACGUCAGGGUAGCAUCACGCUACUUCAAGGGCCCUGAGCUGCUGGUGGAUUAUCAGAUGUAUGACUACAGCUUGGACAUGUGGAGUCUGGGCUGCAUGCUGGCCAGUAUGAUCUUCCAGAAGGAACCGUUCUUCCAUGGCCAGGACAACUAUGACCAGCUUGUGCGGAUCGCCAAAGUUCUGGGUACAGACGAGCUCUUCGGCUACCUGCGCAAGUACCACAUCGAACUGGACCCGCGCUUCAAGGACCUGCUGGGCCAGCAGACGCGGAAACGCUGGGAGCAGUUUGUCCAGUCGGAGAACCAGCACCUGGUCAGUCCCGAGGCUCUGGACCUGCUGGACAAACUACUGCGAUACGACCACCAGCAGAGGCUGACCGCCACAGAGGCCAUGGAGCACCCGUAUUUCUAUCCAGUGCUGAAGGAGCAGUCUCACUCCAACACUGAUGGCAACCUGCAGUCCAGUGGCUCCACCACAGCGCGAUGAGAGAGCAGGAUUCCUUUUGUUACCUCAACUUUUUAUCCCGUUUGUGGCAGAAACCUCUUCAAGUGUACAGGGACACCGGAUCAAUACACCGUUGACCAGUGGAAAACACACACACACAGACACGCACACAUGAGCAAACACACACCCACACGUGCGCAUACACACAGCCAAACACACACACUCCUUCCCUCCCUCCCCCUCUCUGUGUCAGUAUACAGUACAGUUGACUCCGCCCAGUCAGGUGUUCAGCUGCCAGACCAAUGAGCUUGAAGGUGUCUCAGUGCCCCUCCCUCCCCCCCCCCCCCCACUCCCAUUUAGGUCGAAUAUAAUUUCCAAAACAGAAUAAAACAGCCCUCUCCUGACUUCAUGCCCCAGUUCCCCCCCCUCCCCUCAUAUAAACAAGCAUGGAGAAUAAAGAAGAAUGAGUGGGCCCCCGCCCACCCCAGUACCCCCCUCCCCCCUCCCCCCCGCCCAGUCCUGCGUGUCUCUGUGUCGGGCUGGGCGGACCUGGGUUCAGACUCCGCACUGUAGUUCUGAGGUGGCAUGGCGGACCUUUCUCUGCUAUAGGUAUAAAUGAUAAUAAUAAUAUUAAUAAUAAAUGAUUUUUAUUUAGA